AAGGAGCCACCAUCCAUCCUGUGGUUUCUCCAAUGGAGACCAGCAUUUCUCUGGAGAGAUUUGCCAUCCAUAAAACCCUUGGACAGGGCAGCUUUGGCAAGGUAUGUAGUAUCCACCAAAUGGUGCCAUGUACUGAGAAUUUUCUUAUGGACAGAAAUGAAUAGUGAAAGCCUAAUAUAACACAAGAACCUGUUUAGAAUAAAACGGAACCCAACUGUAGAGAUCAUUUUUAAAAGUUGUGUAUUUAAAAGGUUUUCUUAACAGACAUGUAUCGGAGUUAUUCACAAAAGUGAACAUUGUUGAGAAUUCAAACUGAAUUUCAAAUUUAAGGCCAAAGUAGCCGAACUGAAAUUAUAGUUGACCUGGAAAAUCUUUCCAGUUUGACUAAUUUAGCCUUAAGUUUGAAAUUCAUUUUGAAUUCACUUGACAUUUCAGGCUUUUCUUACUUUAGUGACUACUCCUGUUUGUGUAACUGUCAACAAUUAUUUAGAUUAAAAUUAUUUCUCUAGUUAAAACGAUAUAAUUGUAGUAUACCCCUGUACAAUACAUUGUGCCGUAUGUAUUUUAAGUCCAGUUCUGAGGGUUCCAGCCAGCACAGCUGCUAAAAUUAUAAACAUUUAUUUUAUAAACCGUGAGUUGUGCGGACCAGAGAAAGUUAGGGACUUAGAAAAAAUCUUUAAGUUCAGCUUUUUGGGCUUUAAGCAAGUCAGUUGUCAGCUCAGUGUAAUUCAGUGUUAAAUCAAGAAUCCUCAAACUUUAAAUUAAAAUAAUUUUCAAAUAUGGAUAUAUUAUGGAUGCAUGGUGUUAUGUUAUGAACAAUGGCAUUUGUUAGUACCUGUUGUAUUAUUUAUAGGAGUGUUAUAUCCAUUUUACAUAAAGUUGUCAAUUUUCAAAUGACUCCAACUGUCAUGUCUGUCUGCACUUCCUGGUCACAUGAUUCCACAAUGCUGUUAAAUAUUCCUAAAUAGAGAAAAAACAAUAUUGAAGUGGUCUAGCAAACCACUUUCAACUGAUAAUGUGGUCUCUAUGCCUUUCCUGGGCAUGAUCGCUUCCACUGUGCUCUCCAAUAGGGGGUAACCCAAAAUAAGCUGUUCCCCCUAUUUUUUAGGCCUUAUUUUUGUUUACGAGUUACUUAUUCCCAAAGAGAUACUCUAUUCUUACAUAGAUUAUUUUGAAACAGGUUCUCUGCCCCUGUUUCCUUGCACAUGUUUUAUAACUACAUUCAAAAGCCAAAUCCCUCAUUUAGAUAUGCCACUGAGUGAUGCAAUAUACCUCUUAACCCAGGGCCGUCUUUAAGGAGGGGCAAAAGGGGCAGCUGCUCCGGGCCCAGUUACUCCUGGGGGCCCUAAGGCAGCUGCCCCAUGGGCCCCCUGCGGCACCUGAGGUAAUCAGGGGCCACAGCCCUUUAAUACUGCUCUGGACCGGCCCGGGCCCCUGUUAUAUGGGGGGUGGCUGACUACAUACUGCCCUGUGAGUCUCUUUGUUUCCUGGGCAUGCUGGGAGGCAGUGAGGUCAGAUUGCUUCCUCCCAGUAAGAACUGAUCACUUCCUCCUCAGUGCCGCUGGGGAGGAGGCACACACCACACGGAGGAGGAUGCAAGCAUUGUGGGGGAGAGGGACUGAGAAAGCUGAUGGCAGACUCCCAUCAGCCUGGGCCAGCAAGCUCUCACUGGACACCAGGGAAGCCACCUUUCUGUACCCAAAAUGUAAGGAGACAGGAGGGUGGCUAAAUAUGUUUUGUUUUUUGUUUUGCUAAUUUCUGAUAUCACUUUUAUUUAAGUGUGUUGGUGUUUGUAAUGUAACACACAGGGAAUAAGUACAUGUUAAAAAUCCUAGAAGAACCUGACAGUUCCCUAUUAAAUAUAAAUUUAAAAAGUAUUUAUUUUAACAUAUUGCAUCAAGUGUUAUCAAAGGCUGUACACCAUUUUCAAAUGUCACUUUUGCCAAAUUCUGGACCAGGGUAUGUAAGAACAGAGUUGAGACAUUAUAUUGGCCAAGGUUGCUGGGAGUUGCUGUCCAAGAGCUGCUAGAAGGCAGUAAAUGUACACAUAUAUAUGUGUGUAUCUGGCUGUGUUUAUGUCCUUGUGUGUAUCUGGCUGUGUUUGUCUGUGUGUCAGUGUUUCUGUGUGUAUGUAUACCUCAUACACCUGUAUGUGCACCUGUGUGUAUGUUUUGGUGUGUGUGUAAGUGUGCAUCUGAGUGUGUGGUAAUGCAUACAUCCCAGCAUUUUAAUGCCAACACAAAUACACUCCUACAUUCCAUCUCUAGCACUGUACACAUAUACACCCCUGCAUUUAUACCUUUAUGUAUGUGUGUAUCUGAGUGUGUGUGUAUAUACCUGUGUCAGUGUGUGUGUGUGUAUGUGCCAGUGUGUGUAUAUCAAAGUGCUUGUAUCUGUGUGUCAAAGGGUGUGUAUCUGAGUGUAUGUGUAUGUGCCAGUAUGUGUCAAGGUGUGAGCAUGUGUCAGUGUGAGCAUGUGUGUAUCUGCGUGUUAAUGUGUAUGUGUAUAUGUGUUAUAGAAAUCACACAACAUGCAAACAGACCCCUGCAAACACAAACAUUACAAACACACCAGUUUGCUGAAACACUAAUACUACACACAAAUGUACACAUGUAUUUAAAAGACAACACUACAUCCAAACACCCCCCUGCAUGCAAAUACAAACAUUACAUGCAAACACAUUCCUGUAUUAAAACGCUAAAAUUAUAUACAAACACCAACUCUACACACAAAAGUACACCUGCAUUUAAAAGCCAACACUACAAACAAUCACACAUCCCUGCAUUAAAAUGCAAACACUACACACAAGUACACCACUGCAUUCCAAUGGUAACAGUACAUACAAAUACACUCCUACAUGCACACAUACACUCUAUACAAUAACAUGCUGACAUUCAUUUGCACAAACACUGCUCAAAAAUACAACCCUGCAAGGAUGGUAGAUCCCCAGCUGGCAUAGCAUCGCAGGAGUUGUAUGACAGAUGGGGAUCUAUCUUUUCUUUACUCUUGUGCUACAGGGCAGGCCUGAUUUUUUUUUUUUGCACCAAGGCACUCUCUACAUUAGUUUCGCCUCUAGGUUGGGGUGGAGGGAGUGAUUGCAUGCCCAGGGGGCCCAAACAGAUGCUUGCCCAGGGACCAAUCAAUAUUAAAGACGGCCCUGUCUUAACCCAUACAAGUACUUUUAUCCUGGGAUCAUGCACAGGGGGGCUUUCUGGGGUUUGUAGUCCUGUUGUUGGCAUAUAGUUUUUUUUUUUUUUUUUUUUAUUGAGACAUAAGUCAGAUAAACAAUACAGUACAGUGGCGACAACAACACAAGCAGACAAGCAUGAGAUAAUUAACAGUAUAAUAUCCAAGCAUUACCAAUAUCAUCACAUAUCAAUAUAAAACAUUAGAAGUACAAAGCUAUACUUCAGCUUAUCUCUUAUUCUGGUUCUUGUUUUUGUACUUUUGUUAAUGGCUUCUCUGCAUAAAAGAAUGACGUAUGUGCAUGAGUCGUUCAGAGACAUGUCUAGAAAGCUAGAUGACCCACUCAGUAUAAACUAUACGACUACUUAUUACACUUGUAUUCAUAAAUGAAUAACUGUGUAAACAAUGGGAUGUCUAACUGUGUAAUAAAAACAAUAUAUUUACAAAAAAAAUCAGUACAAAGCUAUGCCAUCAUAUAGUUUGUGGUAUGUCUCCUUGUGGUCAAAAAGGACUCAUUUUAUAAGAAAACAUAAGUUAGUCUCAAGUAGCUAACAUACACUGUGUAAAUGAAAAUGAGUACAGCUCCUGCAGAUGUUUGCUUAAAAAUAAGAUAUGAUAUAUAGCUGACAUGCGCUGCAAUCUAAUUUAAAGGGACACUGUAGUCAACAGAACAACUACAGCUUAAUGUAGUUGUUCUGGUGAGUAUAAUAGCUCCCUUCAGGCAUUUUCAUGUAAACACUGCCUUUUCAGAGAAAUAAAUGUAUUCGUUUACCGAAAGGGGACCACACACCCUGGGUAGCAAGUAGGAAUUAGAACACAGAGAAACCACAACUUAAUUGCUACUAGGUGGCCGCCAUUCGACAUACGAACACGUGGCGAGAACACAGGAUGGCAGCCAUCUUAAAACUUACGAAUGUGGUCAGCGGGGCUUACGCAUGAAUUGCAUGGAACUGUUUUCGGUACGGGAAACAUGCGAACGCCAUGGAAGUCCUGGAUGAAUACGUUCCCCUCCACGAAUCAAACUGGCAUUCGGUAGAUAGCAUCUACCGAAUGAGGGGAACAUUCACAGGUAACCAGCUGAACCAUACGAACGGUAGUUUUCGUGUAGUUAGAUGCGAACGGAGACCGGCUCUUGCUACUGAUUCUAUGGAACUGUAACUCGGAUACCUCCACAUGGCAAGCCGGUCAAACUUCCACACGAUGCGACACGGAACCUACCGAACGGAAAUUCGUGAGAUUUGGAUAUGUGACUACCAGUAUCCUCAGCUAUCCAGGGAUGUUAAAAGUAUAUUUGCAUGUCUUAUAAAAAGUAUGUUUCUGAAAUUGUCAUAAAUUGUAAUGUUUCUGGCCAGCAGAUAAUUGAGCUUUGUGUAUUGUAGAAACUCAAUUAUCUAGCCUGGCCCAGAGGAGGAGUUUUGUGUUGCAUAAAUUGUGAGUUCUGUGUGCCAGUAAAUCAGUCUUGUUCCAGCAUUAAGCUUUGGCUCAUGUGUGGAUUAUUCGGCGAUUCCAGGGAUAUUUCUGCUUAUGGAAUAUUGAGUGCUUUUCUUUUAUGGGAAUAAGGGAAUGUUUGACGGGGAUAUUUUCUACUACCGUCACAGCUUGUAUUAUUCAUUUUAUAAAAUUGUGCCUUUCCUCUGAUUGCCAGCAAAAAAUAAAGAAUUAUAUAUAUAUAUAUAUAUAUAUAUAUAUAUAUAUUUUAUGUUUAUUGUUUUUUUUUAUAAGUUUAUUCUCCCAGUCCUGCUUGUUACCUGUGGCCAGUGAGGGGGGAGACUACUUUCCAUGGUGGUCUGUUUGCCCUGUACAAGCAAGCUUCCCUCGUGCUGGCUUUAAUAGUGAAGGAGGACCCAGGACAUGCUUUCUUCUGUUUCUGAAGGGUCCUUUCUUCAACUAUCGCAAGCCUCCAGCUGUCAAAGCAUUGCAACGGGUUACCAUGGAGAGAGAGCUGGAGAAAGGACACCCACACGAUGCUCUACACACACAUACAUAUGUAUAUAAUAGACACAUAUACAGAUACUGUAUAUAUAUAUACCAAUUAAAAAAAAAAAGUUCAUAGUGUAUUAUCUGUCAGCCUUGGUUUUGCUCAUAAGUCAAAGUAGUCCCUACUUUCGAUUGUGAAAUAAAAUGAAACAAAAAAACAAAAAACAACCAAAUCUAAAAAUAACAACUUUGUAUUAAUUUCCAUUUGUCAAUAUAAGUCAUCUAAGUGUGAGAGUAAAUGAAUACACAGUACUUCCAUGAUGAUUUUUUUCUCCUCUCUCUACAGGUUGUUUUAGCAUCUGACCAGAUAACCAACAAAUGGCUCGCUAUGAAGAUCAUCGAUAAGCAACGCCUUAUUGAAAGCGCAAGCAGCUGCCUAGUUGAACGCCGGGUGCUGGAAAUUGCUGCCGGGAGCAAAUUCCUCACCCAUGCAUAUGCCACCUUCCAGACAGAG